AUGCCUCUUAUGGCUUCCGUUGCCUCGUUCAAGAGUUACAAAAUCAACACCUUUCAGUCAUAUUGGAUUGGAUUAUCUCGGACCAUUAUACAUAAGGGACAAUCAAACCAUAAAAAAGGUGUGGGUGUGCCUAUAUACAUGUAUGGUCACACGUGCAGUUCAUCUAGAAUGGUCAAAGACAUGACAACAAAUGCAUUUUUAAACAGUUUUCGGAGAUUCAUAGCAUGCAGAGGAAAACCACAAGAGGUCAUCAGUGACAAUGCGUUACAUUUUAAGCUGGCAAAACGUACAAUUGAGUUGCUAUGGAGUUCAAUUUUGAAAAGUGAUGAUGUUCAAACCUACAGUUCAUGUGAGGGUAUUAAAUGGAGGUUCAUUGUAGAAAUCGCUCCAUGGAUGGGCGGCUUCUAUGAAAGACUUGUUGGUUUAACUAAAAGAAGUUUACGUAAAUCUAUUGGAAAAAAGUUAUUGGACAGCGACCAGCUUAUAACUGUCAUAAAGGAAGUUGAAGCUAUUGUGAACUGUCGCCCUUUAGUUUAUGUUGGAGAAGAUAUAAACUCCAAUAUCACGCUGACACCUUCACACUUCAUAUGUUUAAACCCGAAUGCUGGGUUUUCUGAAAUUGAAAUAUCUUCAGAUGACCCCGAUUUUAAGGUGAUAGAAAGUUCAGAGGAUAAAUUGUUGGCAAUAUGGAAAAAAGGACAGCGGCUUUUAGAUUCCUUCUGGAAAAUAUGGAAAGACGAAUAUUUAUGUAGUCUUAGGGAAAGAACACAAACAAAUCUAAAACAAGGAAAACAUAAAGUUCAAUUCAAUCCAAAUGUAGGUGAUGUAGUGCUUAUCAAAGAUAAUACUAGUAGAGGUAGCUGGAGGCUAGGAAAAGUCAUUCAUCUGUAUGUUAGUUCCGAUGGUUGUGUUCGUUCUGCAGAUAUUGAAACUGCAUCCAAAAAAGUGCUUAAAAGACCUUUAAGCUUACUUUAUCCUAUUGAAACUUCAAAACUUCUUAUUCCAGAGACAGAGGAUAUAAGACCAAACGCAAAGAAAGAAACUGGUAUACGUCCCGAGAGAAAGGCAGCAAAUUUAGCGAAAUUACGCCUUAAAAAUCUUCUUAAGUAA